CACAAACUUUUUGUAGAGCCAUACACAAGAUAACAUAUACAUAUACAUAUACACAUGUUAUAUAUUAUGCCUCACUAACUAACUUUACCUCAGAACACAUUGAUUCAAAGAGAGAAAAAACCAUUUUUCUCAAAUGGGUAGAAGAAAAUGUCUUCCAUUGCUACUAAAAUCAUGGCUCUUAGGGCUAACCAUGUCCAUAUUGGCCACACCAACUCACCAAGACCAAGAAUCAGACCAAGCCAGUUUGCUCUGCAUAAGCGACUGUGCCACGUGUCCAGUCAUCUGUUCUCCUCCGCCGCCGCCGUCUCUAACCGAAAAGCCACAUCCUCCGCCGCCGGUUGAACCGGCGAACAACGCGCCACCUCCAACUUACUUCACUUUCUCACCGCCGCCGUCGCAGCCAACCAUUCCAGUGUCGUCGUCGCCGCCUCCCAAGAAAAAGUCGUCGCCGCCUCCUCCUCCUCCGUCGUGGAUUUACACCACUGGCUCUUCUCCUCCUCCUCCUCCUGCUCCGCAAACGGUGCCGUUUUCACCUGUUGUUAAAGCGCCGCCGUCUGGAGGAGGAGGCCACGACGAGUAUCCUUAUCCUUACUACUAUUUCUACGCCUCGGAUGCGGCUUCUUCCGGCGUCGGAGGGUUCAGAGUUUUCUUCGUUUUUAUGGUGUUUCAGUUUGUUUUUCGUAGCCGGUUUUGGUGAGAAGCUGACAGUGUUAACUAACGUGUGUGUAUGUAUAUAUAUGUAUAUGUAUUGUGUAUUAUAUCAUGUUAAGUAUAUAUAUAUAUACUGUUUUGUUCGUAUAGGAUUAGGGUUAUAUUAGUAAUUAUGUUAUUGCUAAAUAAUUUUAUGAAUAAAAGAUGAUGAUAUAUAUAGUUUCCCAUUA